GAUUCUCUGGUUCUACAGCUGGAGUGUUUUGGGGGGGUUUGGUUCCACAUCUCUGGAGGAACAGGAUCAGCUGAUCUAUAGAAGAAAUUAGGAUGUUCCAAGUCUUCUCCGGUUCCUAGUGUCUGGUUUUCUUGUUGGAUGAAGUUCAUCUCCACAAACAACCAGGAAAUUUUACGAAGAUCAGUGGUAAACUGUUGAAAGAGGUUAAGUACAAGGCAUGUGGAAAAAUCUCCAGUACCCGAAAAAGGGGGCAAAAUGUGGCAAAGUCCAGGCAAAGAGAAAACUUACCACUGCUCAGACUGUGGGAGGAGUUUUACUCAACAGUGUUCUCUAAAAAAACACCAGCACAUUCACACUGGAGAGAAACCGUAUCAAUGUUCAGUCUGUGGGAAGAGUUUUAAUCAACAGGGUAAUCUUAAAAGACACUGCCGCAGUCACACUGGAGAAAAACUGCAUCACUGCCCAGAGUGUGGAAAGAGUUUUUCUACUCAGAAUCAUCUCCAAGACCACCAGCGCAUUCACACAGGAGAGAAACCAUAUCACUGCCCAGAAUGUGGGAAGAGUUUUGCUACACAGAGUAAUCUUAAAAUACACCAGCGUAUUCAUUCAGGGGAGAAACCGUAUUACUGUUCAGACUGUGGGAAAUGUUUUACUAGACAGAGUGAUCUCAACACACACCAGCGCAUUCACACAGGAGAAAAACCACAUUGCUGUUCAGACUGUGGAAGGAGUUUUAAUCAACUGAAUCAUCUCCAACGACACCAGAGCAUUCACACUGGAAAGAAACCAUAUCAGUGUUCAGACUGUGUGAAGAGUUUUGCUACACAGAGCCAUCUCACCGCACAUCAGCGCAUUCACACUGGAGAGAAACCGUAUUUCUGUUCAGAGUGUGGAAAGAGUUUUAGUCAACUGGGCAAUCUCCAACAACACCAGCGCAUUCACACUGGAGAGAAACCAUAUCAGUGUUUAGACUGUGAGAAGAGCUUUAUGCAUUUAGGUACAUUAAAGAAACAUAAAUGCACUAAGAGCAGUAACGAAAAUGGGCAAUAAAAUUCCUCCCAAGCAGUCAUAAUUGAUUGUUUCACAAGUUUAUUUCACUGAGACAAAUGUGAUAUUUAAUGUGGUAUCUCUCUAAAAUCCAUUGCUAGGCCAUGCAUUCUGUUCCAAGAGACUUUACUGUGUACUGGCACACAUUGCAGAAUCAGAAGAUUCUGCAGAAUGCCAAUAAAAUGAAAAUAGUAAGAUUACUAGUUAAGUAAUAUUACUAGUAAUAAAGACAAAAACUAUAUAGAUCAGAAAAUCAUAUAACUGUAAUGUGCUUUGCUAUUUAUUAUUAUUAUAACCAUUAUUAUAUACUGUUGAUCUAGACAUAGUCAAUCAAUAUGUUUAUUUGUAUCACCAGGAUGAAGAUCUUGUACUCUUUAAAGAUUAACCCCAGAAGUAUGGAUAUCUGUAAUUGUAAUAAAACAAAAGAGAAGCGA